AUGGUGCUAAAUGUAAUGCUGACAGGAUUUCUUGCUCAAUUCUCCAUGCAAGAUAGCAAAACGAAUGCUUCCAAAGGUAGGUUUGGUGAAAUGUGAGUGUAGUUUACAUAUAAUUAUGCCGAGCAUGCAAUGGUAAGAAUAAUUUCUUUUUAUCAUGCCUAGCUGCAGAAAAUAGCAUUUCUUAUAAAUCAAAGCAUCAAUUCAUUGGCAGAGCUCAGAUCAUGUAGAACAUGCUACAUUCCUGAUGUACAAACAGAUUCAGCAUUACAUUGCUCAUCACAGCUCUUUUAAAUCAAUUAUAUUACAUCUCAAAUACCCCCCCCCCCCUCCCUUCCCUCUGCAUUACCCCACCCACCAUUCUGAGGAAGAUAUUUAUUAAAGCCCCCUCUCUAUUAGACCCCCGACCUUUUUACAAGAAAGAACACAGUAUACCCUCAUUAAAGGAAGGUUUAACAUCACAAACAUCAUAUUCACCUGAGUACAUAACACCAACACACACAAAAUAAUCAUAUCAUAGAAUACACUGAUGUCGAAGGAACUAAACUCAGUUCCGAAAUAUCGCCAUCUCGAACCGACUUGACCACGUAGCUCAGUUGGCAGAGCAUUGGACUAGUAUCCCAAAGGUCGCAGGUUCGAUUCCCAUGCACCGUGGCCAAGCUAAAUUUUCAGCUUGCCCGGUGUGGAUGCACACUCAGACUAUCAAAGUUUCUGUGAUCACCAGGAAUUUUGCAUGGGUAAAUUCUACGUUUUGAAGGAUUUGCAAGAAAUUUUUGAGGGAACUGAGUCACUGUUUAACAUUGAGUUAGUUCCCUAAUAUAUUUCUACAAAUCCUUCAAAACAUAGAAUUUACCCAAGCAAAAUUCUUACUGUGAUCACUUUGAUGGUGAGAACCAUGCAGUCCUGAGUUUACCACCUCGGAAUAAGCUAACUACAGUGAGUAUAUAUCACACUACACACUUGACAGCAAAUCAUUUCCUGCAUUUCGCUAAAUUAAAAAGCCGUCCUCUUCAUUAAUGCAGAUCUCUCUGACCAGACUUUGAAAGUUUGACUUGUCUUGACCUGUGCAACUCAAACGCUCAAAUUACUUCCAAUAUCUUAUACUGGCUGGAAGUAAAGGACCUUCUCUUCUUUUUCAACUGUUUACAAGGUCUUCAUGCAUGAUAUAGGUGCCUCUUAUUUUCUCAUUUUCUCCUCAGACUCUGCCUCUCAAACCAACAAAGGUUAUUAUCUUCUCUUCUUUGCUGAACUUCUCUUUUUAGAGAGUCGUUUUUUUUUCAACCAGAUUGUUUUUCUUUCGAUCUUCCCGCUCAUAUCAUUGAGUCUACCUCUAUUUCCUCUUUCAAACACAAUCUGUAUUCUCACUACCUUUCCAAACUUGUAUCUACCUUUGACGACAAUCGAAUGUGCACUUGGAAGAGUUAUUGUUCCAAAUGUCGUUCCUACAAUCCAACUUGCUCUUAGUUCAUUUCAUGCACUAUUCAUGUCAAUAUUUGUUCAAAUACAUCAGUGUGUUAAUGUGUGUUUAUGUCUUUAAAUAUAUUUGUUAUAACUACUGCUGUCUUUCUCGGCUUGGUCUUAAUAUGGGAUUAUUGUCCUGUUGACCAUACCUUCUACCUUAUUUGUCCUUCACCUAUUAUAGAAUAAAUCAUUCUGCCAAACCAGAAAUGUUCGUGUUGUACAUUUAGGUAUUUGGUCGAACGAAUUAUAUCAACGACUUAAUAAACAUUCAUGCAAGCCAGGGGGCAUUCAGAAAGACACGACAUUACUUCAUAAACUGAAAUCAGGGACGUUUAUCGAGCUAGGACAUGUCAAUGACGUUGAAGUCUGUGUAUUACAAUGUUGUGAAAGCAAGCACUGUGAACUGGCUUUGUUUAAAGAUAAUUUCUGCUAUGGGAUAACAUGUUACAGUCCUCAACACUGCAAAACUGUGCCUGCCUAUGAAGGCGAUAGUAUGGCGACGGUUUUUGUCACUAAAGCAAAGACGAACCUCACUAAAUAUGGUAAGAUGCGUUUAAAAUGGUCUCAUUAAAACCUCAAUCCUGACUUAAGCCUGAACAACUACGCAUCAACUAUAUUUCUACAUUUACAUACAUAACUUUAUAGCAGGGGUGAAUCUAGCCUCAUCUGCAAGGAGGGGUGCAGGUUUUCCAUGGGCUGGUGCAUGAGGGAGCCUUACUGCCCACUCUCCUCUGCAGUCUGCAACGCUACUAUCCCAACAUUACCAUUAUUUGAGAUGGCCGAAUCUGCAUGUCCACUGUUCUGUUAUACGUUUUACAUUAUCUUUUGUUUAUAAAGUUUAUAUCCGUUUUUACACGUACAUGUAUAUGCAUACGUUUUUACACGUACAGUAUAUUUGAAAAUAUGGUUGUAUAACGACCCCAAUAUGUUAGGGUACUUAACCCUGGUAUUUAACUAAAAUUUUCUCGUGAGCUCGCAAAUUAAUUAAAUCGUUUCGAGAAAUAACAGUAGAAAUUCCGCAAAUCGCUAUUCGAGAAAAUGUACAUGGUCAAGCACAUUUUCUUAAGCUGGUGUUGGAUUUUGUAAGGGGGGUUCUAAACAACAUUACUACACUAGGAUCCGUCCGACAUUAACACACACAACGUUAUAGUGACAUACCCUUGUUGUGACGUAGGCACGACGAACAGCCAAUCAGAAGAAAGGAAAACAAAGCAGAAGACUGCAGAGUUCGUAUUCUAUCCAUCAGAGAGCUCCACUGAUCUCGCGUUCUCUGUAAAUCUGAGAAAAAUUGCCAAACAUUAUGUACAUGACGAGAGAGUACGGAAUGCCUUAACUGCCAAAGCAGACGAGGACAUAACUCGACGAAAGGAAACUUUCAAUGCCAAAGGAGGCCAACAUACGUCUCAAAUUGAAAUGACAGGCAUUGAUAUGACGGGAUACGAAGGGAGGGCAAACAUUGGGAACAGAAAUGAGUCGAGACUGGAUGAAUUUUUGUCAAGGAAUCAUGCACGUCCGUCAAAAGACAGUCAUACGGCACAGUCUGGCAAACGUAGCGAGACAUUUCGGAAAUUACCGGUAAGAGAAAUCCAACAAAAAUUAUUUUGGGAGGGAAAUGGAUUUUUUUAAUAUUCAAGCCGUUCACGUUAAAUUUAUCUUGAUAAUCUAACAGAAGGAAGGUGGAACAAAAGUUACAAAACGUGGGGCUUAUUUUCUCAAUUUGUCAGUUCUAGGGCGCGUCGGAAUUUGCUUUUGUGAUUUUCAAUACCUAUACAAGCUAUUGACCUGAAAUCUUCACUGAAUGUUGAAGAGUUUAUCAGUUGUGCAAGGAAUUACGAUAUUUGAGUUUUGUACAAGCAGUAAUGAGUUAUGGAUACUUUGCUCAGUCAGUGUAGGACAUUUUUCUUUACCACUAUUGAAGAUGCUAGAGAAUUAUGAAGAGAUGACCAUAUCUAGUUGAUUCUACUUCCUUGUAUAGCUCAAGCAUUAGUUAUAAUAUCUCGAAGUUUUAGACUCUCAGCUAUAAUACAUUUGUGAGAAUACUACCUACACUGGACCCACAUGUCUGAGACAUCUUUUUUCACGAGGUAGCUCAGACACAAACCACGGCCGCUUAUUGAAGAAUACUACUAACACUGGACCACUACGUUUGAGAUAUCUUUUUCAAGUAGUUCAGACACAAACCACGGCCGCUUAUUGAAGAAUACUACUAACACUGGACCACUACGUUUGAGAUAUCUUUUUCAAGUAGUUCAGACACAAACCACGACAGAUUAUUGUAGAAUACUACCUACACUGGACCACUACGUUUGAGAUAUCUUUUUCAAGUAGUUCAGACACAAACCACGACAGAUUAUUGUAGAAUACUACCUACACUGGACCACCACGUUUGAUAUAUCUUUUUCAUGUAGUUCAGACACAAACCACGACAGAUUAUUGUAAAAUACUACCUACACUGGACCACCACGUUUGAGAUAUCUUUUUCAAGUAGUUCAGACACAAACCACGACAGAUUAUUGUAGAAUACUACAUACACUGGACCACCACGUUUGAGAUAUCUUUUUCAGGUAUGACAGGUAGUUCAAACACAAACCAUGACAGCUUAUUGUAGAAUACUACCUACACUGGACCACUACGUUUGAGAUACCUUUUUCAGGUACUUCAGACACAAACCACGACAGCUUAUUAUAGAAUACUUCCAACACUGCACCACAACGUUUGAGGUUCUUAUAAUUCUUUUCUUUCUCUGAAGAAACGAUCUUUUUUCUUACAGACAAAACAUAACAGCACAAUGGGUAUCGAAUGGAGAACAAAACUCCUAAAAGCUUUCAUAGCAAGCUCAUCUGUCGCUCUACUGGUUGUUCUCUUGGCGUUACUGGCCAUGACUAGAAGAAACAGGGAAUGA